UGGUGUAGUUUACCAAGACCAGAUUCCUGGAUCCCACAGACAAGGUGCUCUCCCAUGGAACAAAGCAAAAUGUAGUAAUGACUACCUUUAUGCAGAUAAGCAGUUUCUGAAGACUGAAGGACCUGCUAAAGGGAACACCUGCUUUUGAGGUUGCAAAGGUGCUAAAGCAUGGCUGACUUGGAUCACAACCUCAGUCUUGCGGAUGCUCUGACAGAGCCACCUCCCGAGAUUGAGGAAGAAGUGAAAAGGGACUUCAUUGCCACUCUGGAAGCAGAGAAAUUUGAUGAUGUGGUUGGAGAAACAGUAGAUAAAACAGACUAUGUUCCUCUGCUUGAUGAUGAUGAUGCAAAAGCUGGGAGCCAGGAACCAAAAAGCAAACCCCAUGCAGACGGUAUUCAGGUGGAACAUACUUCAGCUUCUGGGCCAACGGUAGUAGAAAAUGGUGACCACGGAAUAGAAGAUCACCGCGCAGUAUUCCCAGGAGAAAUCAUGGAUGAAAAGCUGUCUUACAAAGAAUUUCUCGAUCAUAAUGACUCCUGGACGAUGGAUGACAGAGACCUGUGCUUUGAGUCACAGCCAGUAUUCAAACCCAUGGAGAUGGCUGACCCCUUCAGCAUGCACAGGGGGGAGAAUCUGCCUGAUUUAUCGUUUCCUACUGACAUGAAGAAUGUACCGCUGUUCACGGACCAUGUUGAUGCUUCCAGAGACAUCCAUGCACCGCAUGGAUCUAUGAUGAUACCUGAACAAACUUUCUUGGGGCCCCUGUAUUCUCCUGCAGAGGCUCUAGACCCAUCAGCCUUCAUUGGCCUGGAUUCAACUGCAGAAUUUCUGCAAGACAAAGCAGUGCCUGAAGAACAUUGGAUGGGAGCUCAGCAUGACAUGAAGGGACCAGAUGCCUCUUUCUUUGUUGAGCCACCAGUGCCCCCCAUGGUGACUGAAGCAAUAAAGCCGAAUUUGCCGGAAAGCCCUGCAGCAGUGGCUCCUGGUUUUGUUCCUACUGCAGUAACAGCAUCCCUAGGAGAGGCUGAAGCUACUGAUGGACCAAAAGAUGCAGCAUCAGCAGAUGCAGCGUGUGUUCCUGCCUUGGAUGUCAUGUCUGUUUCUGCAGAAAAAGCUGGGUCCGUUCUUGCAGGAGACACCAAGCCUCCUCAAACUCUGGAUGCUGGGUUUGCACCUACAGCAGAAGCCAACCCUCUUCAGGCUAUGGAUGUUGGGUUUGCUCCUGCGCCACAAGCCAAGCCUCCUAAUGCUAUCAAUGAUGCAUCCGCCCCAGUGGCAGAUACUGGCUUCACCCCGGCAGCAGAUGCUAUUUCCCCCUAUGCUACGGAUUUGGAGUUUGCCCCAGAAGAAGACGCAGGGUUUGCCCCAGCAGCAGAUGCAGAAUCUCACCAUGCUAUGGACUUUGCAUUUGCCCCAGCAGCAGAUGCGGAAUCUCACCAUGGUAUGGAUUUGGCAUUUGCCCCAGCAGCAGAUACUAAAUCUCAUCAUGCUAUGGAUUUCGCAUUUGCCCCAGCAGCAGAUGCGGAAUCUCACCAUGCUAUGGAUUUGGCGUUUGCCCCAGCAGCAGAUAUUAAAUCACAUCACGCUAUGGAUUCUGAGUUUGCACCAGCAGCAGAUGCAGAGUUUGCCCCUGCAGCAGAAGUCAACCAUCGUCAUGCUAUGGAUUCUGGGUUUGCUCCUGUAGCAGAAGCCAAGCCUCUUCCUGCCAUGGAUUCUGGGUUUGCCUCUGCAGAAGCUAAGUCUGUCUCUGUAGCUGACACCAAGGUUGCUGCAUCUGAAGAGCUGAUGACAUCUGAGUCUUCUCUUGAGCAAGACAAGUCACCCUUCGACAAACCUCUUGCAGAAGCAACUGUAAACGUGGAACAAGAAUCAAAAGUCCCAGAAGCUUGUGUUGAUCUUCUAGAGAAAGCUAAAGACAGCAGACCACCGCCCAGCCACCAUGAAGAGCAUCUUCCAGAACAGACUAACCAUCUUUCAGAACCAGCAGCUCCAGUAGAAGCAAAAGAAGCCGUUGCACUAGAAAAUAAAGACCUCCUUCAAGAAAAAUCUGUUACUACUGUGGAUGUUAUUGUUACAGAGAAACAAAAGGAGGAGGCUGAACACAACCAUGUCCAACAAGCAGAAUCUCAGCAAGAAAAAACCCUGCAAGAGCCCACAGGUCUACCUACUGCACAAAUAAGGCAAGCUAACAAAUCAAGUGAACGCAGGUUUGGCAGAGCAAAACCUGCACCAGUGCCUAUUACAGAUGUACCAGAGGAACGUCUAAUAAUUAGUCUCCCGCAACAGAAGAGUACUGACCCAAAAGUAGACCCCUGUUCUGUAGUGGAACUUGGAUGUGUUGCUGGAACAUCCCCUCGCACUAGGGUUUCACAUAAAAAGGCAACUGAGCAGCCAUCCAAUGUGCUGUCGGAGUUUGUGGAGAGCUGCAGAGAUGUACCAAGGGAGAGCUGGCAUUUGGAAGGUUCUCUGGCCAUUGUGAAGAAAAAGAAAAAGAAACCAAAACAAAAGAGAAACCAGCUGCCAAGAACAAUGGAGUUCUGGGAUGAAAAUGUAACAGUCUCAAAAGCUCCUAGAAAUUCUCCAUUUGCUGUUGAAUUGCAAAAAACAGAUGUCUGUCCCGUAAUGCCUGCUGAAGCUCGCAAAGAGCAGUCAAUUGCCUCAGGGAAGGGAAGCAGAGUUUCGCAUAUGCCAAAGGAUGCUAAAAUAAUAACUGGAAGUCAUAUCCUGGAUGAGCAAAAUGCCUUCUCAGUGCCAGCACCAGGACAGCAGGCCCAAAAGCCCAGCAUACCGUUAGAAUCUGUGUUGGAUGCAAAAAAUGGGGACGUUGGUAAAACAGAAGGAAUGAGAGGUGACAGCUUGAUGUUGCAAUCUAAAGGCAAAAGAAAAGAGGUUCCCUUGCAGCAGGUAGGCAAGACUAAGGUGGGGGAAUCUGUUACAGCAAAGGUGCCAACCAAGCCUACGGAAAGAGAUUUUCUUGAUAAAAAUGAGAAGAGGGAGUAUAAGGAGUCAAAAUGUGCUGACCUGCCGCCACCUCUUUCAGAAGCGAUCAAUCUAAGCAAAGUAGAAGCUGCUUUAGAGACCAAACCUUCGGAAUUGCUCCUUUCUGAUAAAGAUACGGAGGCUAAACACACAUCUCCCAGGUGUGAAGCAUUCAGUUACACUGUCCACCAUGAGCUUCAGGGUUCCAGUGGGUCACUGGAAGAAGCAGCAAAGAAAAGAGGUAGUUGUGAAAAAAGCAAAGGGGUUGAAAAUGAAUCCCUCAAACAGCCUGCUCUUCUAGAGGCUGCGGCCCCGUCGGACAAGCUUCCUAACGAGCCAAAGGCAGCUGAUGAAACUAAAACAGUGUCCUCUGAUAAGCGCAUGGCUGUUGACUUUAGUAAUGCAGAGGGGGUAUUGAAGACUCCAACAGAUACUACUAAAACACCUAUUACACCAUUAGUUUUACCAAAACCUGAGGAAGUUACUGCUUUGCAAAACAGAAAGGCUGACGGUUUUUCAGAGCAGCCAUUUCUUCUGUCAGUUAAGUCUGAUGCAACCAAACAUCCCGCCUCUGCUGAAGCAGUGGACAGAGUGAUGGUAGCAGAUUCCCUUGAUAAAAACAAAGGGAAAGGAUUUAUUACGGUAGAGCAGCAGACUGGAAAAGAUCCCAAUAUUGCACAUGGGAUGGACAGACCUAAAAAAAAGCGUGGUGAAGGGAAAGUAAAAAAAAUCAAAAGCUUCUCUGAGCAGAUGAUGCUUUCGGAGGACGUAAGCAAACUCACUGAUGGAGUGAGGACAGAUGAGACUACAAAAGAAACAACUUUCCCUGAUAACCGCAGAGGUUUUAAUGCAAGAGGACCUCUGUCUGUAAGCAUUACACAUGCUUAUCCUGCAGACAAGCCAAAAAAAAGAGGUAGUGAUGGAAGAGGUAAAAAAGGUGAAAGAAGUUUUUUCCAGCAGCCUUUUCUUGAGAAUAAGAUGGACCCAAGUAGUUUUCCUGACAUAAUUGAUAAAACUAAGGAAGUGAGUGAUAAAGGCAGAGAGAGGGGCUGUAUUACUGCUGAGUGUUUUCAGGAGAAUACAUCAAAUGUAACUAAAAGGCAAAGGUCAAUUGAACUGGUAACAGAGAAGCCUAAAGAAAGUGUUGGGAAAAAUGAAAUAGCUGAUGUGGGUGCUUUAGACUCCUGCUGGAGGGUAGGAGGGAGGAAGCAAAGCAUCUUGCUAUGGCUGACACGAUCAGCGAAACAAAAGAGGUAAAUUUGAUUAAUAAGGGCA